GGGAGAAGUUGACCAGGUUGUCUGAUCUUCAGAAGCAGCUCGGCUUCAAGCUGAAGGAAAUGGCAGAAACGGUACAAAGAUUGCUUCAUGAAGAGCCAUACUCAAAAACAGAGCCAAGCGAGAUCGGUGACUUAAAAUAAAGAGUUCUCUUGGCCCGUCGUGAGUCGUGUUUGGGAGGCUGGGCGCGAUGGACGACUGCUAUGCCAGGUGCAUCCGCGAGUACAACACGGACGGCAUCCGGCAGCGACUGGACAGGCGCCACGCCGUCCUCGGGUACUGCCACCGGUUUGUGUCUGACAGAACAAAAAUUCACGCGCAAAUGGGUUGCGUCGUAAAGUGCGCGCCGAUUCUGCCGCGUCUUAGCUCCGGGCCGAAUGACGGGGCUCCAAGGCUGUCCAGUGCUGUCCAAAUUCGUUUUUCGACCACUUUGGGACGUCACUUGGUCGCUGCAAGGAAUAUUCAACCUGGUGAAGUUCUGAUCUGCGAGGAGCCCUUUGCGGCAGUUCUGGCUCCAGAGUGCAGGCAAACACACUGCAGUUUUUGCAUGAAAAGACCCGCCUCGCUGAUUCCCUGCAAUUACUGCUGCCUGGCAUAUUUCUGCAAUGAAAGCUGUCGGAGUGCUGCGUGGAAAAAAUUUCACGAGAUUGAGUGCAGUGUGGCCGCAAAAUUUCUUUCCGUGGCCUCCAAUGAAGACAACGGCGAGGAAAUUCUGCUCGUGAUUCGCCUAAUCAGCACCGUGGGGCUGGACCAAAUAAAAAAGUUCCUCCAUGCACCACCGCUGCUAGACCAAAAUGGUAUUGCAGGAUUUUCCAGCGGCAAAUACUUCCCUGAUUUUAAUGCCAUUUUCAACUUGGUCACGAAUAUUGAGCAUGUGCCUCAGGACUAUCUCAACACUGGUUGCAGAAUAUCUCUACUCCUUGCACGAUGCUUCAACGUUGAUGAGUCGUAUGCUGCAAUAUUCUUGAGGAUCAUCCUUGGAUUAGAUAGCAACACUCACUCGAUGCGAGAAAUGAUAAGAAGCGAGCAGCAAGUGUUGAAGUUCAAUGUGUUCGGUUGCGCUAUUUACCCAAGUGCCGCUCUUUGUAAUCACUCUUGUGACCCAAAUCUGUUUAGAGCCACGCACGGCAACUAUACAGUCCACAGAGCAAGGAGACUGAUUCGUGAAGGAGAAAUUUUGGCUGAAUGCUACAAAAGUCUGUUCAUUCACGCACCACUGAAGGAGAGGAAAGCCUACCUGAAGACCUUUUAUUACUUUGACUGUGGGUGUGAGGCCUGCGAGAAAAACUGGCCAAUGAUGGAGUAUCUGCCCGACAAUCCAGUUUUUGGCAAAGGCGAAACUAAAAAGUGGGUUGACUACAAGGAGAUGCUGAAAGAAGUACAGGCCUCGGAAAAUUCACAGCUUUUGACGAAGAAAGAACUAGAGACGCACGUUAAAGCGCUCGUGUUUUUGGUCUCGAAUGACAAGAGGCUCUGCAAGCUCGCUUUUGAGUUGGAGAAGAAAGUUCAGAAUUAUUACUGCUCUCAAGGCAACUGUUACUUUAAAAAUUUAGACUGA